GAAACUGUCUCGGUUCCUGGUUCCCACCUGAGCCAAGAGUGACACCUGAUCCCGGGGGAUUGUGAAAUGGCUUGAGGUGGCAGGGCGCCCGCACUGCCCGCUGUGCUUCCUACCCGCCUCCUGCACCCCUCACUCGGCCCCGCCCCCCCCCCGCGCGAGUGGUUAAAUCCCCCCCAUGCAGGCUGCAGGUCAUACCUGCACCAUGCCUGCUUGUCGCCUCUGCUUGCUGGCCACAGGCCUCCUACUCGGGCUGCUGCUGUUCACUCCCCUCUCAGCCACAGGCACCAGAGCAGAGAAACCCGGUGUGUGCCCCCAGCUCUAACCAAUUACUGACUGUGUGAAGGCGUGCAUCUUGGACAACGACUGUCAGGACAACUACAAGUGCUGCCAGGCCGGCUGCGGCUCUGUCUGCUCCAAGCCUAAUGGGCUGAGCGAAGGAAAACUCUCCAGGACCGGGACGGGUACUACGGGUACUACGGGUACUACGACUCUAUCAGCCGGCCUUGCCCGCACAUCUCCACUAUCGAGAGGUCAAGUGUCCACGAAGCCACCCGUUGUGACCAAAGAAGGAGGUAACGGAGAAAAGCAGGGCACCUGCCCCAGCGUGGACUUCCCCAAGCUCGGCCUCUGUGAGGACCAGUGCCAGAUGGACAGCCAGUGUUCUGGCAACAUGAAAUGCUGCCGAAACGGCUGUGGGAAGAUGGGCUGCACCACACCCAAAUUCUGAGCUUCAGCCACCAGCAGCCUGAGGAAUGGAGAGAGGUUGCUUCUGCUGGACCGUGCAUCUGGUGUCGUUCCUGUGGCCUCCUCUCUCUCUGGCCUUUGCAUUUCGUCCUGGUCCCACAAAAGCAUCUCCUUUUUCUAACCAAUAAAGCGAUCACUUUCAGCAAUGGAGAAGCUAUAA